AUGGCUGCACAAACCGCUGAUGCUCUUGCAAAGUUGAAGGUGCAGGAUCCGGAGGCAGAGAAAGCCGCGGGGGUGGCAAAGGCCAACGGCAAGGUGCCUGCUGCGGAAGCUGAUGACUCCGAUGAGGAUGAGGAUGACAAGGCCGCCGCUGGUGAAGGAGGAGCUGAUGCAGCAGCGAAGAAGAAGCGCAAGCGCAAGCGGAAGCCAAAGAAGGCCGGCGGCGCAAUUCCCACCAAACAGUCGUCUCCGCCACGAGUCCUACUGUCGAAUUUAUUUCCGAGUGGAGAAUAUCCCGUUGGUGAAGAAGUGGAGUAUCGGGAUGAGAACUUAUCCCGGACGACGGAUGAGGAGAAGAGACAUCUCGAUCGGAUGAACAACGACUUCUUGCAGGAAUAUCGGCAGGCUGCAGAAAUCCACAGACAGGUUCGACAGUAUGCCGCGCAAAAUAUUAAGCCCGGCCAGAGCUUAACAGAAAUUGCCGAAGGCAUCGAGGAUAGCGUUCGAGCAUUGUCCGGUCAUCCAGGCUUAGAGGAAGGGGAUAAUAUCAAAGGAGGCAUCGCUUUCCCAACAGGCGUUAACCUAGAUCAUAUUGCGGCACACUACAGCCCAAAUGCUGGUAACAAAACGAUUCUAACGAAGGAUAAUGUUAUGAAGGUGGAUUUCGGUGUGCAUAUCAAUGGAAGAAUCGUCGAUAGCGCCUUUACCAUGUCAUUCGAUCCCAUGUACGACAAUUUGCUCGAAGCAGUCCGCGAGGGAACAAACGCUGGUAUCAAAGAAGCCGGCAUUGAUGUGCGAAUGGGAGAUAUCGGAGCGGUUAUCCAGGAAACUAUGGAGAGCUACGAGGUUGAGAUCAGAGGCGAGACAUUCCCAGUGAAAUGCAUUCGAAACCUCAAUGGCCACGAUAUCAGGCAAUGGCAGAUACACGGCGGGAAGAGUGUGCCCAUUGUGAAGGGCACUGACAACACGAAAAUGGAAGAAGGGGAGGUAUUUGCCAUUGAAACAUUUGGCAGUACUGGAAACGGCUAUGUUCGGGACGAUCUGGAAUGCUCUCAUUACGCAAAGCGAGUAGAUGCGCCUGUCGUGCCUUUGCGCGUUACAUCUGCCAGCAAGCUUCUCAACGUUAUCAACAAGAACUUUGGGACGCUGCCAUUUUGCAGGAGAUACCUGGAUCGUUUGGGCCAGGAGAAAUAUUUACUUGGAUUGAAUAAUCUCGUAUCCAACGGUAUUGUCGAUGCAUAUCCCCCCUUGGUUGAUAAGAAGGGUUCAUACACUGCGCAAUUUGAGCAUACCAUCCUGCUCAGACCUACCGUGAAGGAAGUUAUUAGUCGCGGAGACGACUACUAA